CAGCAAGACCUGAACUCUGUAAUCCCGGCCCUGCAGACAGCCAUCGGCUCCCUGGACUCCUUGGACAAAUCAGACGUUGCUGAGAUCCGUGUGUACACCAACCCUCCCGAGCUGGUCAUGACUGUCAUGGCGUCCGUGUGCGUGUUACUGCAGCAGAAACCAGACUGGGCCACAGCUAAACAGGUGCUUGGGGAUGCGGGAUUUCUCAAGAGGCUGGUCCAGUUUGAUAAGAAUAAUCUACCUGAUAAGGUUUAUAACAAACUAAAGAAGUACACAAAGCAUGCAGACUUCACCCCAGACAAGGUGGGCACAGUGUCAGUGGCCUGUAAGUCCAUGUGUGAGUGGGUGCUGGCCCUGGAGAGGUAUAAUGAAGUGUAUAAGAUGGUCAAACCUAAGCAGAGGAGGGUAGAAGAGGCCAAAGAAGCACUGCAUCUGGCACAGAAGAAUUUAGCACAGAAACAGUCUAGCUUAUCAAAAAUUCAAGACCACCUAAAGCUCCUCCAGCAGCAGUACCAGGACAGCGUGAACCAGAGAGAGUCUCUGAAGGAGAGGAAGAAGACCACAGCUCUCAGGAUACAGAGGGCUUCUGUGCUCAUCUCCGCUCUGGCAGACGAGAAGGUGAGGUGGGCUGAGUCAGUGAAGGUCCUGGAUUUCAAGCUCCAAGGUCUGGUGGGGGACACCCUGGUAUCCGCGGCUGCCGUGGCAUACCUGGGGGCCUUCACAGCCAAGUACAGGAGGGAGCUGAUUCUGAAAUGGGAGGAAAGAUGCAGGGUGGCAGAAAUACCUAUUUCUGAGGAAUAUGAGCUGGUCAAGAUUAUUGCUGAUGCCAACCAGGUCCUUCAGUGGCAAAAUGAAGGUCUCCCAACAGACACAUUGUCCACAGAGAAUGCCAUCUUUGUGAAGAAGGGGAGAAAGUGGCCUCUGCUCAUUGACCCCCAGGGGCAGGCUAGCAA